AUGCAGUCCUUAUCCAGCGCCCUUACCCAUUGUCAGUUCAGCGACUCGGGUCAAAUGGAAGUUGUGCUUCUGAUGAUUCUGAACCUAAUGGAGGACAUGCUAUCGGGUCCAGGAGGCGAUAUUCUGAGCGAUGAGAGCAUCUGCGACAUGAUGGGUCGGGGACUUGCUAUCUGCUCACAGACUAGAUUCUCCCCAGUUCUCCGCCAAACCGCGGAAGCUUCGAUGGUUCGUAUGUGUCAAAUCAUCUUCGAAGCUGUUAAGCAUCUGGAUGUCGAGGCAAACGAGGCGGCUGGGACUUUUCGCGAGCCUAGUGGUGAAAUGGAUUCUAUAGUGAUUUCUACCUCCGAAGCAGCUAUUCAGGGACUACCAGGCACAGGUCGUCACGAUUCACCUGACGAGGCGUCCGCCAGCAGUUCUCAGAAUACUACCCAGGACUCCAACCCGAGUAGUGACAUCUCCGAAGCAAGCUCAGACGCCGACUUACGCCAUCAAAGCGAAGAGUUGGAGCGACCCGACUCCCUAGACAUGCCGCCCUACUCAUUACCAAGUAUUAGGGAACUCUUUAGAGUUCUUGUUGGUUUUUUGGAACCCAACGACAGACAGCAAACAGAUACCAUGAGGAUCAUGGCGUUGCGCAUCAUACAUGUUGCAUUGGAAGUUGCGGGCCCAGCUCUUGUUCAAUACCCCGCGCUCGGCAUCAUAACGGAAGAUAAGCUGUGCUCCUAUCUCUUCCAGCUAGUGAGGUCCGACAAUCUGGAUCUCCUUCAGGAAGCCCUAGUCGUCGCAAGCACCCUACUCUCUACCUGUCGCAGCGUCCUAAAGCUUCAACAGGAGCUUUUCUUGUCUUACCUUGUCGCAUGCCUCCACCCGGCGAUCGAUAUUCCUAGGGAGCCAGGUAUCGACCCAUCACUGUACGCCGAUAUACCCCAGGCUCCCAAGCUCGUCAGACCUCUCCCGUCGCAAAAUGGUAGUGGCCGGUCAACGCCGGUACCAAUCAAAGAUCGCCAGAAACUUGGACUAGAGGGGGGAAUUCGCAAGCCAGAUGCGAGGCAGGCUAUGGUUGAAUGCAUCAGCGUUCUUUUGCGCAUGCCCUCUUAUAUGGUGGAGCUUUUUGUGAACUACGAUUGCGACGAAGACCGGGUGGACCUGUGCGAGGAUAUGGUUGGCCUCCUAGCCCGCAACGCGUUACCGGACUCUGCGACCUGGAGCACUACGAGCGUGCCACCACUCUGCCUCGAUGCGCUUUUGAGAUAUGUUCAGUUCCUCGCUGAGAGACUUGAAUGGCAGCCCACCGAAGUCAAUCUUCCAGACGCAGACCUUCUAAGGACCCGACGCAGCCGAAAAAAGAUUAUAAUCAAAGGUGCAAACAAGUUCAAUGAGAGCCCAAAGAGUGGGCUUGGUUACUUGGAGGCCCACGGCAUCAUUGACGACAUUCGGAACCCUUCAUGUGUUGCCAGCUUCUUAAAACGUAACCCAAGGAUUUCAAAGAAAAUUCUUGGCGAGUUUCUCUCGAAGAAAGGCAAUGAACCCAUUCUAGAAGCAUUCUUAGACCUCUUUGAUUUCACUGGGAAGAGAGUGGAUGAGGCGCUCCGAGUACUCCUAGAAUCCUUCCGUCUCCCUGGAGAAUCUGCGCUUAUUGAGCGCAUUUUAACUUGUUUUUCCGAAAAGUACUGCGCCAAUAGCACUCCGGUCGAGGUCGCUGAUAAAGACGCAGUGUACGUAUUGACAUACGCCAUCAUCAUGCUCAACACCGACCAACACAAUCCGCAAAUCAAGUCUUCGAAACGCAUGGCGCUUGAAGACUUCUCGAGGAAUCUCCGCGGUGUAAAUGGUGGAGAGAAUUUCUCACCCGAGUACCUGAGUGAUAUCUUCAACUCGAUCAAGUCGAAUGAAAUUAUCCUUCCGGACGAACAUGACAACCAACACGCCUUUGACUACGCAUGGAGAGAGUUGCUCUUGAAGGCGGAUACCGCAGGGUGUGUCAUCCAAUGCGACACCAAUAUGUACGACGCCGACUUGUUUGCCUCAACUUGGAAGCCCAUUGUUUCAACAUUAUCAUACGUGUUCAUGUCGGCCACUGACGACACAGUCUUCGCACGUGUCGUGACUGGUUUUGACGAAUGCGCCCGAAUAGCCGCGAGAUACGGCACAGUAGAGGCGCUUGAUCAAAUCGUUCAUUGCUUGAGCCACAUGACCACUAUAGCUACCACCAUUCCGUUUAACACUUCGCUGAAUACCGAAGUACAGGCUGGUGACAAUAGCGUCAUGGUCAGUGAACUAGCCGUGAAACUUGGUCGAGAUUUCAGGGCUCAACUUGCGACCCUGGUCCUGUUUCGAGUAGUCUCGGGAAACGAGCAUAUCAUCAAUAGUGGUUGGAAACACAUUUUACGUAUAUGGCUGAACCUCUUCCUCAACUCUCUCAUUCCACCAUUCUUCUCCGACAACCAAGACAAGUUGGGAAUUCCCGCGAUCGCUCUCCAACCUCCAUCACAGGUUAUCGAUCGAGCUUCACGACCGAGUGAAGUGGGUUUCUUUUCUGCAUUCACUUCCUACAUCUCCAGUUAUGCGGCAGAUGAUCCACCCGAGCCAUCACAGGAGGAAUUGGAGAGUACUCUCUGCACUGUUGACUGUAUCAACCAAUGCCGCAUGGGUGACAUAUUCGCCAGGAUCUCCACGCUUUCUGUCACAGAGUUGACUCACCUUAUCAAUGCACUCCUUGACGAACUCCCCGAGGACCACGGUUCGGCCGUCAUUAGCGUGAAAGCCCCGAGCACAUCACCGGGUCCUCCCGGAGAGUUGAAAUCAAACGACGCGCAGCUGCGCUAUGACCCGGGGUUGGUCUACCUUUUGGAGUUUUCUACGAUCCUAACUCUUAGAAACCGUGAAACUAUAUGCGCCUUUGGAGAGAAACUCGCCGAGGCGCUAUUUGGUGUCCUGCGAAAUGCGACGAUCCAUCACCCCGUUGCUGUCGCCCGGACAGUAUUCUACUUACUAAAGCUUCUUCGUGCCAGCUAUGAAUUUGAUUUUGUGAAUGUCCCCAUCCUCCUGCAUACACUGUCAAGAUUUCCAGAUGCACUAUUGGGGAACACUGCAUCCCUCACCCUUCAGGGGAUUUGCCUCUGCAUUGAAGAGCCGGGUCCUCUGCGGAGCGAAAUCAUGACCUCCCCAGACUUCUGGGCGCUGCUGAGGACUCUUGCACAAAGAAGAGACACGAGUGCAAUCGUUUUUGCGAUACUAGAGCGCGGUACGACGGGAACGCCGCCUUCCAUCAUGGCAGACAAUUACGAAGCUGCCAUUUCUCUUCUAAGUGAUUUCGCAUCAGCGUCACGAACGGUGACAUCGCGUAAAUCCGCCACAAUCCCCAGAGGGGCAAGGGAAGCCCCCAGCACACAAACGCAGGGACUGGACGCCGGAAAGGAUGUUAUAAUCACCAGGGGGACUAAAGCUGUCACCAUGAUUUAUAAUAUGACUAGUCGUAUCUCAUACCUGAUGAAGCAUUCCCACCUCGAAAGCAGCGAAGCCUGGGCUGCCUACUGGUUGCCGAUAUUCAACGCUCUUACAAUCCAGUUUGAUAUCCUUGACCGCUUAAUGAACAGCGGCCAAGGCGACAGCCUGGAGGAGGCUGUACGGGAGAAUCUGAAGAACGUCAUCCUAUUUAUGGCGACUAGCAAAUAUCUAGUACCUCCCACUACUGACCCAUCGAAGGAAAAACUCUGGGUAGAGACGUGGAAGCGGAUUGAUCGAUUCUUGCCCGAGCUAAAAAGCGAACUGGCACUGGAUGGGCAGGAUGAGGCAUCGAGCUGA